UUCACCCUUCAACAUGGGAAAAGGCUUCUAUAUCAGUAAGACAUUGGGGGUGGUGGGUAUCAUUCUGGGGCUGGGGGCCCUGGCCACCAUCAUUGCCCUGUUAGUGGUGUAUACCCAAGAGAAAUCCAAGAAUGAGGUGAAGCCCACUGAAGGUGUGGUGAUGACCACCACGACUCCCAUCCCGACGACCUCAAUUCCCACCCCGACCACCACUUCGAACCCAUCGCCCUCAAAUGACCCGUGGGACCAGUACAGGCUCCCAGACACACUGAGGCCUGAAUUCUACACCCUGACCCUGUGGCCCAGGCUGCAAAUGGACCAGAACGGCAUGUACAUCUUCACUGGGAGCUCCAGCGUGGUCUUCACCUGCAUGAAGGAAACGGACUUGAUCCUCAUCCACUCCAACAAGCUGAAUCUCACCACCUUUGAUGGUUACCUCGCCAGGCUGACCACGGUGGGCUCUGCCACUGGACCUGCCAUUGAGGCCACCUGGCUGCAGCUGGAGACGCAGUACCUGGUGGUCCAGCUCAGUGGCAUGCUGACUGUGGGACAGUCCUACCAGCUGGACACCGAGUUUCAGGGGGAGCUGGCUGAUGACCUUGGGGGCUUCUACAGGAGCGAAUAUGUCGAGGAUGGAGUUAAGAAAGUGGUUGCCACCACUCAGAUGCAGCCCACAGAUGCCAGGAAGGCCUUCCCCUGCUUUGACGAGCCAGCGAUGAAAGCCAUCUUCCACAUCACACUGAUCCAUGAGCCUGGGACUGUGGCCCUGUCUAACGGCAUGGAUAAGGAAACGGUGAACACCACCAUAGAUGGCAUUGCAGUGACUAGGACCACAUUUGAGCCCACAGAGAAGAUGUCCACCUACCUUCUGGCUUUUAUUGUGUCUGACUUUACAUACAUAGAGUCUUGGGAGAAAAACGUUUUGAUUCGAGUCUGGGCUCGCAGAAAGGCCAUUGAUGAAGGCCAGGGGGAAUAUGCCCUUAAUGUGACAGGGCCAAUCUUAAAGUUUUUUGAAAAUUACUACAAUGCCACUUACCCCCUCUCUAAAUCAGAUCAGAUUGCCCUGCCAGACUUCAAUGCUGGGGCCAUGGAGAACUGGGGUCUUAUCACAUACAGAGAGACAGCUCUGCUCUACGAUCGAACAAGGUCCUCCAAUGGAGACAAAGAGACCAUUGCCACCAUCAUUUCUCAUGAACUGGCUCACAUGUGGUUUGGAAAUCUGGUGACGAUGAACUGGUGGAAUGACCUGUGGCUGAACGAAGGAUUUGCCACCUACGUCUCUUACCUCGGGGCCAAUGACGCUGAGCCAGAAUGGGGCGUGAAAGACUUGAUGGUUCUAUAUGACGUCCACGGUGUGUUCGCAAUUGAUGCCCUGGCCUCUUCUCACCCUCUCUCCUCCAGAGAGGAUGAGAUCAAUAAGCCAGAGCAGAUCAAUGAGCUAUUUGAUGGCAUUACCUACAGCAAGGGGGCGUCUGUGCUGAGGAUGCUCUCUAAUUUCUUGUCAGAGCCAGUGUUCGCCAAAGGACUCCAAACCUACCUGAACCAGUUUGCGUACAGUAACACCGUAUACAUGGACCUCUGGAAUCACCUUCAACAGGCAGUGGACAGCACUCCCAGCCUAUCUCUCCCUCACAGCGUGAACGACAUCAUGAAUCGCUGGAUACUCCAGAUGGGGUUCCCCGUGGUCACCAUCAACACUCGCACAGGAGAGCUCUCCCAGAAACACUUCCUUCUAGACCCUGAGUCCGUUGUUGAUAGGCCAUCUGAAUUCAACUAUGAGUGGUAUGUUCCCAUAACAUGGACCAGGACCGGUGCUCAACAGAACCCAUUUUGGCUGCUACAGAAAACAGCGACCCAUGAACCACUGAAAAUGACUGGGACAGAUUGGGUACUGGCCAAUAUCAAUGUCGCGGGAUACUACAGAGUGAACUAUGACAUCAGCAACUGGGAACGCCUCCUAAACCAGCUGAACUCUGACCACCAAGUGAUUCCAGUCAUCAACAGGGCCCAGAUUGUUGAUGAUGCUUUUAACCUUGCUAGGGCAAAAAUGGUAGAUACAACAUUGGCUCUGAGAACAACCAAGUAUCUCUCCCAAGAAAGAGAGUUCAUGCCAUGGGAGUCAGCCAUCGGCAACCUGGACUACUUCUUCCUCAUGUUCGAUCGCAGUGAGGUCUAUGGCCCCAUGCAGACUUACCUCAGGAAUCAAGUCGGGCCCCUCUUUAUGCAUUUCAAGAAUAUUACUUCAGACUGGACUAAAAUACCCACUGGACACACUGAUCAGUACAACCAGGUAAAUGCUAUCCGGUUGGCCUGCAGCACAGGUGUGGAGGGUUGCCAGGAAUUGACCAGAAAUUGGUACCAGCAAUGGAUGAAAGACUCGGCCAAUAACCCGAUUCAUCCCAACCUGAGGACGACGGUGUACUGCAGUGCAAUCGCGGCAGGGGGCGCCGAAGAGUGGGAUUUUGGCUGGAAGAUGUUCAAGACUGCCACCAUUGCCACGGAAGCAGAUAAGCUGAUGUAUGCCCUGGCUUGCACCAAGCAACCCUGGCUACUUAAGAGGUACCUAGAAUACACCCUGGAUCCAACUAAAAUUCGGAAGCAGGACGCCACUUUCACCAUUCGGUACAUUGCCGGAAAUGUGGUGGGACAGACCUUGGCUUGGGACUUUAUCAGAGAGAGAUGGGAGUACAUUUUCUCACAGUAUGGUGGCGGCUCUUUCUCAUUCUCCUCUCUUAUUGAUGGAGUCACCCGGAGGUUCUCAUCAGAGUUUGAGCUGAAGCAGCUGCGGAGGUUUAAAGACGACAACGCCAACGUGGGGUUCGGCUCGGCCACGCUGGCGGUGGAACAGGCCAUCGAGAGGACCGCGGCCAACAUCAAAUGGGUGACAGAGAACAAGGACCCUGUGAUGAAGUGGUUCCUCAGUGAAUUGCCACCACAGGAAACUUCAGCAUAGGCUACUGUAUGUAUACAGUAUAGCUCAGGAGGUAAGACCGAUUGUCUGGCAGUCGGAGGGUUGCCGGUUCAA